CAACUUCAAUUUACAUUUCCACAUCUGAAAAAGCAUUACCCGAUAAGGACUAGAAUAUAAAGGACCUCAAAUUAAUGGAUCUCAUACGCUCCAAUAUGUGGUACUUUGCGAAAUUAGUUUUCAUUGCUUGCCUGCUUGGUUACGUUAUUUGUUUGGAUUGUCUAUCUUGUACAAGUAAGGAAGCAUGCGAAGAUCCACCUUCUACCAACUGCACUCCGGAAAAGAAAUACUGCCUUGCAGUACAAGGCGAAGGAACCUACUUCAGAGGAUGUUAUGACAACAGCAUGGAUUGUGAGAAACUGCAAAAUAAUCCGAAUGUGUCUUUUCCUGUUUGUGUUAUGUGCCAAACAGAUAAUUGUAAUAAUCAAGAUCUGCAAUGAUUAUGAAAAUUAGUAAAGAUUUACUGUUCAUA